GAUAUUCAAUUGAAUAAUUAGAUAGAUAACGAAGUAGUAUUCCAAGUUAUUGAGUCAUACGUUCAUAUCCAGACAAUUAAUUACUCCCUGUCAUUCUUUGAAGUGGUCAAUUUACGUUAAUUUUACGUUACAUAUCACAUAUUUAAUUCAUUUUUGCAUCACCAGCACCACAAAACAUUUAUCCAUAUUCACAUCAUGUUAUCAUCAUCAUCUAGAAUAAGUCUUAGACGUUUAGCAUUUGUCAGAUUCACUUCCACUGUCAUUGUCCCAAGACCAACCAAAACAUCCACUGGAUUAAGUAAAGAAGAAUUGGAACAAAAUGAAUUAGUUUCAAAUCAAGCUCCAAAUAGACAAGCUACUUGGUCUCCAACUCAAGAAUCAAGAUUGAAUAUAGUUAGCAAGAAUGCUGCCAGAUUCGUACAAAGAGAUUUAGAUCAACAACCAAGACCAUAUGCUGCUAUAGAUUUAAUUGCUAAAGAACCAGUCAGAUAUUUAACUCAUGAAGAAGGUAAUGUUGCCGUAUGUGAUGGUAAUAAAGGUAAUACUUUACAUGGUCAUCCUAAAGUUUUCAUUAAUUUGGAUCCUGCUAGGGCUCAUGCAUGUGGUUAUUGUGGAUUAAGAUAUGCUAAAGAAGAAUUUAAAGAAGUUAUUGAAGCUCAAGAAGCUUCAGCUUAGGUAGUUCACUUUCUUUCAAGUCAUUAUUUCAUUUCAUUAAUUCAUAAACCAUAUUUCAUAUAGCACUUUUGUAUAUCUAGACCUUUGUAUAUAUAUUCUUAAUAAAAUAGGAGAAUAUUAUAGGUUUUAAUAAUGUAAACUACGGAGCC